GCCCGGUGAAGCAUACUUUCCACCUGCCCCUUGGCAUGCUAAUGAGGCUGCCACUCUGUCACUACCAACAACUGGCGACUGGAAACUGGCAGCAACCAAGAGCCUUCGUAAUCGUAAUCCCAAUCGACAGCAGUCACUGCCUUUUAGCGUUAAAGUAACAGGUUGGCCCAAAGGGUUGGGCCAUGAACGUCAUUUUGGGGGCCGCUUACACGCGGAGAAAUUGGGGGAUAAGAAGAAAGAGUGUGUUACAAAUUAAGAAAAUGUAACAGCUAUGAUUUAUUUUCUUAAAAGAGUUUCCAAAACAUAUAUUCUGUUGGCAGAGAACAGAGUCACAUGAUUGUGGAUCAGUUAUGAAAUGAUUUAGUUUGAGAAUCAUAAAAAUUAACAAGAUUGUAUAUUAAUAUUUUCAUAAACUCUUAAGAUCUCUGUUAUGUUGUACAAUUUUUUUUAAUGAUGAUGGUAGGGUUUAAGAUUUAAAUCAAACUUAUAAUACGUAUGUAGUUUUCAAAUAGCUUCAAUUUCAAAUAAAAUAGAAACCCAAUUCGGAAAAGGCUUGCUUUUCAGUUUUAUUUUCAAAUAUGAAAUGAUAUUUUAUUACUUAACUCUUUCCGUAUUCUUAGCUCUUUUGUAUUCUUCAUAAUUCUUCCGAAAUCUUGUUCUAAUUCUGUCCUAAUGAUUAACUAUUCGAUUCUUGAUCUUUAAGUUUAACAAACAUUUGUUGAAAGUGCAUUGAGUAAAGAAUGUAGGACUUGGAAACUCUACUCUUAAGUGUGGGGUUCUUGCAACCGCGGAGUUGCAACCAAAUAGGGGCCAUUGAACUGGAUCAAAAAAUAGGUGGUAUAAAUAGAAGAGGCAGUUAGCUGAAAUCUUCACAGAGUUGGAGAAUGUUGGGCAAGGACAACGGUGCACUAGUUAUCAUAGUAGCCACGGUGUUGACCGUUAGAGGAUGCGGUGGCUACCAGCUGCCGUCAGGCACCCACAAGCUCUGCGGUCCGGCACUGUCCGAUGCCAUGGCUGCGGUUUGCGACCAGGGAUACAACACCAUGACCCCCAAGAAGGACGCCGAAGACAUGGAGGGUAGUGGGGUGAUGCUCGUGUCAGGCUCACGCUACUCCCUCAGUCCACUGCUGUCCAGCCUGUUCGGGUCGGAAGUUUUGAUCAAGACCCGCCGCCUACGAUGACACUAUCCGGGUGGCAUUUACGAUGAGUGCUGCCUGAACUCCUGCAGCUACCAGGAGUUGGCCGACUACUGCCUGCGGCUACCCCAAUGAUGAGGCACUUAACCCACUCGCCAUGCACCCAACCACAUACACUCGCAUACACACGUACACCCACUACUCACUUAUGCAUUCGUAAUCCCAAUUGUAAUCCGAUUCGUAAUCAAUUAUUU